AUGUGGGAAGACUAUGAUCCCAACGAAAUAUUCGAUUUUGAUCCCUUCUACCAUCCCGACUCCAAUCCGCCUCCGGAGACCUCGCUUAUCACAUUCGUAUGGAGUGGAGGAGAAUCCAUUCUGCUGAUUUCCCUCGCUACAAAAAUUAUCGGCGUAAAACAACUUAUUUUGGAAGUGCUUCGCAUCCCAUUCCCAGUAGACAGGCAAGAGCUCUCAUGGGCAGGGCAAUUCCUAAGGGAUGAACUGACUCUACAAGACUAUAACAUUCCUCCUGAGACUUCAAUUAUUCUCCUCGAAAAAAUUAAAGUCACGAUCCACUUAGAGGCUGGUGACAUUCAAUAUGAGUAUGUCAUUCACGAUAGUACUACCAUAGAUCAGUUGAAGGCAAAACUUCACGCAGAACACGACGUUGUCAUCGAAAAUAAGGUACUCCGAAUGGGGAAUGCUUAUCUUCCUGAUGAUGCUCAAUUGUUUGCUGUUGGAGUUGUGGAAGGAACUACGUUAUACCUCGUUGAGCGUUUCAAUGCGUAG